AUGGCUAAUGACGAGUCCGAUGCUCUUGAUGCGCUUGAAAAGGAAGCAAAGGAAUAUGACAAGGAUGCCGAGAUUGAUCGAAUCCUCAACGCCUUCAGACUUGAUGCCUACGCAGUACUAGACCUCCAACCUGGAGUUCCUGAAUCAGACAUCAAGAUCGUUUACCGCAAGAAGUCUCUACUAAUCCAUCCGGACAAGACCAAGAAUCCUCAAGCUCCCGAAGCAUUUGACCGGCUCAAGAAAGCGCAAACGGCCCUACUUGAUGAGAAGCAACGUCAACAUCUCGAUGAAUGUAUCGCAGACGCCAGACAAUUGCUCAUGCGACAACACAAGUACAACGUCGACUCAGAAGAAUUGCAAACAGAAGAAUUCAAGAAGGAAUGGAGGAAAAAGACGGUGGAAGUGUUGGUGGAAGCAGAAGCAAGAAGGAGACGGCAGUUGAAGGCUAAAAUGCAAGAGGAGGGUCGAGAAAAGGCCAAGGAAGAUGCGGAAAUUGAAGAGAGGAAACGAAAACGAGAGCACGAGAAGCAAUGGGAGGAGACGAGGGACCAACGCAUCGGAAGUUGGCGUGAGUUCCAGAAAGGCGUGAAGAAAGGAGAAGAACAAAAAAAGAAAAAGAAGAUGAAAGUCCUUGGUUGA